UAUCCUGUGUGGCGACGUUAACGAGUACGACGUCCACCGGAACAAUGAGAGCGAGAGUGUUAUCGUCGGUGGUGGUGGCGCUGUUAGCGGUGUGGCAGCCGUCAGCAGCACGACCCCAGACCUCCCAACCCAGUGACAUCGCCCAUGUCCCCACCUCGAGCGGUGUAGAGGGCCCAGAUCUCAUCCUCGAUGGCACACCAGUUGUAGACGUACGAGUAGGAGGAGUACCAGCUGUAGACGAACCAGCCGUUGACAAGCAGGCGGAACCUCAACCACUGUCGGUGGACAAAAGGACUGGUCUUAGCGCCUGGCCAGGAUCUUCUGGAUUAUCUGCAGGAGAUCCUGGUCCAAACUUCGGCCAGAACUUGCCCGCCUUGUCCGCAGGAGGGACAGGAUCUUUAGGACUUUCAGCUGGAUCUGGUGCUGUCUUUAGGACGGGAUCAAGUGGAUUUCCAGGAGGAUCUGGCACAGGUUUUCAAGGAGAAGCUGGCGCUGACUUCGGGGCUGGAUCAGGUGGAUUUCCAGGAGGAUCUGGCACAGGUUUUCAAGGAGAAGCUGGCGCUGACUUCGGGGCUGGAUCAGGUGGAUUUCCAGGAGGAUCUGGCACAGGUUUUCAAGGAGAAGCUGGCGCUGACUUCGGGGCUGGAUCAGGUGGAUUUCCAGGAGGAUCUGGCACAGGUUUUCAAGGAGGAGCUGGCGCAGAUUUUCAAGGAGGAGCUGGCGCUGACUUCGGGGCUGGAUCAGUUGGAUUUCCAGGAGGAUCUGGCACAGGUUUUCAAGGAGGAGCUGGCGCAGAUUUUCAAGGAGGAGCUGGUGCUGGAUCAGGUGGAUUUCCAGGAGAAUCUAGCACAGGUUUUCAAGGAGGAUCUGGUGCUGACUUUGGGGCUGGACCAGGUGGAUUUCCAGGAGGAUCUGGCGCAGAUUUUCAAGGAGGAUCUGGCGCAGAUUUUCAAGGAGGAUCUGGUGCUGGAUCAGGUGGAUUUCCAGGAGGAUCUGGCGCAGGUUUUCAAGGAGGAGCUGGUGCUGACUUCGGGGCUGGAUCAGGUGGAUUUCCAGGAGGAUCUGGCACAGGUUUUCAAGGAGGAUCUGGUGCUGACUUCGGGGCUGGAUCAGGUGGAUUUCCAGGAGGAUCUGGCGCAGGUUUUCAAGGAGGAGCUGGUGCUGACUUCGGGGCUGGAUCAGGUGGAUUUCCAGGAGGAUCUGGCGUAGGUUUUCAAGGAGGAGCUGGUGCUGACUUCGGGGCUGGAUCAGGUGGAUUUCCAGGAGGAUCUGGCGCAGGUUUUCAAGGAGGAGCUAGUGCUGACUUCGGGGCUGGAUCAGGUGGAUUUCCAGGAGGAUCUGGCGCAAACUUUCAAGGAGGAUCUGGUGCUGACUUCGGUGCUGGAUCAGGUGGAUUUCCAGGAGGAUCUAGCACAGGCUUUCAAGGAGGAUCCGGUGCGGACUUUGGGGCGGGAUCAGGCGGGUUUCCAGGAGGAUCUGAUCCACCUUUUGUGACAGGAUCAGGCGGAUUUGUAGGAGGAUCUGACCCUGAUUUUAGGGCGGGGUCAGCCGGAGCCUCAGGAGGGUUUGGGGCCGGGAGUGCAACGCCCUCAGCAGUUUCGUCUGUUACUGGCACUGGAGGCGGGUUUUCCUUGGCGUCAGCUGUAUCCGGUAGUUCUGGAACUUUUGGUACGCAGGGCAUUUCCAGUCAGGGAGGCUUGCGGGUUGAAGUUCCUUCACCGGGAGCUUCCGUAAAGGUAGAUGUUGAUUCUUUUGUUAGUCGUCCACAAAGUAGUGGAGGAGGUGACCUAGGAAAGUUCGUCGGUAUUAUAAAGCAAGGAUCUAGUGGUAGUGGGCAGUCUUCGUCCGGUGGAGGAGGAAUCCUGAAUGUGUUGUCAUCGCUGCUUAGUGGCAGCGCUGGAAGUGUAACGCAAGUAAAUAAGAACCCACUGAGUGCACUUGGGCUGGGGCAGGAAACUCUCCAAUCAUUUGUUCAGUUAGCGUCUUCGUCUGCCGACGACAUCGCUCGUGAAACUAAUUUUGGACUAAGGCUUCUAGGAGAUGAGCUUGAGUUUCAGGGUCAACAAAGACUAAAACACGCUCUUAGAGGUGUCCAGCAAGCAGGUCGAACGGUCGGGGCUGUUGGACAAAACACGUACCGUGGUGUGUUGCAAACAAAAGAUUCUUUGGGCAGCUUAGCAUCAGGAACAGUGCAGAACUUAGGAGAAUUUGCAGACGACUCAGUCACGGCGUCGUUUGACAAGGUCUCUGAUACCCUCGGCGCAUUUGGACGCCUUCUUCAUGACCUCAAGACGGCAUUCUUUAAAAAUGUCAUCGCACAUGCUGAAGCUGGACAAGAACUGGUGGAUAACCAGUCCAAGACGACUUCAAGCGCCGUCAAGGAGAUACUUGACGAUAAACGCGGUGUUGCGAGAGACAACAUUCGCGCCAUAACAGGAUUAAAAAAGGAAAUUAAAUCGAAGAGAAUAUAAGUCCUUGUGAGACCAGUUUGAGCAACAUACACGAAUAAGUAAUAUUCGUGUAUGCAAUACAGGACUUAACAGAAAUAGUAAGUACAUACGGAAGCAGACAUUUGCGUGUCUGUUUCAGUACUUCAGUUUGCUGAAGUGCUGACGAACGUUUAUUCCAAGUGUUUGAUAAUGUAAAAAAAAAUAUUUAGCACUUGAUUUGAUGUUGGGUUUAAGGCCUAUCAACCGCUGGAGAGUUAGUAAGGCCACCACGAGAGCGUACAGACCAUCCAUGAAGUAUACUUUAGUCCUGGACAUAAAACACGUCUGAAGUAAACUUUAACUGCAUGUACACCGAGAAGCAGAAAACACCUCUUGACGCAUCGUACGAGGCACCUCUCGCCUGCAGGAGACCCCAGCCACACUCUACACCUCUCACCACCAGGAGGAGACCCCCAGCCACACUCUACACCUCUCACCAGCAGGAGGAGACCCCCAGCCACACUCUACACCUCUCACCAGCAGGAGGAGACCCCCAGCCACACUCUACACCUCUCACCAGCAGGAGGAGACCCCCAGCCACACUCUACACCUCUCACCAGCAGCAGGAGACCCCCAGCCACACUCUACACCUCUCACCAGCAGGAGGAGACCCCCAGCCACACUCUACACCUCUCACCAGCAGCAGGAGACCCCCAGCCACACUCUACACCUCUCGCCAGCAGGAGGAGACCCCCAGCCACACUCUACACCUCUCACCAGCAGGAGAGGCUACUAGUCACACUCGACGUUUAUUAACCUGCAGGAGGGGACAGCUAGCCACAGUGGACGCCAGGAACUAGCUGCCCCGCUCUAGCAGGAGGUGGACACACAACACAAGUGGCUGGGUCGUCGCUGGUGGACAAGCCAGACACCUUCCAGCAACACUGUCAACACCUCUCGCUACCUGCAUGUUACUCACGAGGGCAAAGAUUCACAUUGUGGAUACGCAAUACAAGGAAGAUGCAAGGAAGCCCCUUGUGCUUUCCAUAUAUAUACUCUUUACCAAGAAUCCAGUUUCCUACACAGGGUUUACUCUACUGACGAAUGUAUAAUAAAGCAACUGUAUAACUUA